CUUCUGAGGUUUCGGCUGGGAGUCAAAGCAUGGGUUCUUCCUUGUCCCAAUCUUUUGAGCCCUUCAAAUUCCCUACACCUCCCGAAACCGCCUCCCUACCCAAGCCUGCCCUCCCAGCUACUCCCGGAGCGCCGACCUCUCCGGAGCAACCCCCGCUAUUUAAAAACUGCUGGAGUUGUCGCGUGCUGUCUGGGCUGGGGCUGAUGGGGGCGGGCGGGUACGUGUACUUGGUGGCCCGGAGGCCCAUGAAGCUGGGAUACCCCCCGGGUCCUGGGGCUAUCACGCAGAUGGUCAUCGGCAUCAGCCUUAUCUGCUGGGGUGUAGUUGUGCUGACAGAUCCCAAAGGAAAGUCCUACCCAACUCCGUGAAAGAACUGCUGUGGAUUUGUCUUCUCUCAUCCCUGUCUCUGUGACACACAGAAGCAAGCUUGGGGUUUAUGGAUGUUCUGGACAGACACUUGGAUAUGACAGACUUCAAUAGUGUGGAUACUA